GUUGAAACAUUGGCUGCCACUGUGGGGGCUCUGGCUGGGACAGGCAAGGAAGGCCACAGCUGCACCCGCCGCAGCCGCCACGAUGCAGAGCAUCAAGUGUGUGGUGGUAGGCGACGGGGCAGUGGGCAAGACGUGCCUUCUCAUCUGCUAUACCACCAAUGCCUUCCCUAAGGAGUACAUCCCAACAGUGUUCGACAACUACAGUGCCCAAAGCACUGUGGAUGGGCGCACAGUCAAUCUGAACCUGUGGGACACAGCAGGCCAGGAAGAAUAUGACCGGCUACGCACCCUGUCCUAUCCCCAGACCAACGUCUUUGUCAUCUGCUUCUCCAUUGCCAGCCCACCUUCCUAUGAGAAUGUGCGGCACAAGUGGUACCCGGAAGUAUGUCACCACUGCCCUGAUGUGCCCAUCCUGCUCGUGGGCACCAAGAAGGACCUGCGGGCCCAGCCAGAUGCCGUAAGACGGCUGAAGGAGCAGGGCCAGGCACCCAUCACACCCCAGCAGGGUGUAGCCCUGAGCAAGCAGAUCCAUGCCGUUCGCUACCUCGAGUGCUCCGCACUGCAGCAGGAUGGCGUCAAAGAAGUGUUCGCUGAGGCUGUCCGGGCCGUGCUCAAUCCAACACCACUCAAGCGAGGCCGCUCCUGUUUCCUCUUGUGACUCCCCAACCUUGGGAGGGGACAGAUACCCCUCCCCACCCCUGCUGGCCCUGUCGUGGGGCUUGUCAUCUGUUUGUCCAUCUUCCUGAGCCCCUUUUCCCCCCCUCUCACCUCAGCCAGAUGUGCCUUGAUCCCCUUCUCCCUUCUAGGUCUGAUUGGCUCCUCUUUCUCCCUCCAGCCACGUGCCCCCCAACCAGUGUCCAUGCCCUCUCCAUCAGAGGAAGGGAGAGAGGGAUAGGGGCAACAUUCCUGGCCCCCUUUCUCUGGGCAGUCUUUACAUUCAGUUCAGUGAACAUUUAUUUACCAGUGUCCUACUAUGUGCAGGGCCCUGUUCAGGUGCUGGGAAUUCAGAGAUGAAAAAUGAUAUAGUCCCUGCUCUCCUGGAACUUACAGUCCACUGUCCUUCUGUCCCUGGCACUCAGAGCUGAAGAGGUCCUGUUGUGGCAGGAGGUCUGUUUGUGGGGAGGGCCUUUUCCAGCUCUCCCAGCCCAUCAGUUUUCAAUGAGCUUCCUUGGGCCAACCCUCAGGGGACUUUCUGAGCUUCCCUAGGUCUAGGGCACUUCUGGAAACCCAUCCAACCUUCUGCCCAUCCCUGCUCCAGCCUGGCUACCAUGCUCAGGACACACCCCACCCCUCUUGCCAGGACAGGAGCAUAGGAUCCUGAGAAGAGAGGGAGUCAGCCAGCACCUGCCCACCUGAGGAAGGGGCAAGGAGAGCCAGCUGCCUCCCAAUCCCCCAUUUACAAACCCACCAACGGACUUUGCCCAUAUGCUCUGGGGGUCUGGAAGGCAUGGGAGGACUUGUCCUAUCCCACCAGCCCCCUCAACCCUCUCCCUGUGUGCAUUAAUAAAACCUUGUGUUCAAGA